UCUUGGGUUGAUAACCAAAAACGUCAACGUCACAGCAAGAACCCAAACAAACAGUGAACAGCUGUGUACCCCGGAGUCUCCUCUUUCUGCAAUUUAUUCGGAUUUCCCACCAGCAAAAUGUGCACAGGAUCGUCUGUUUCGGAUGCCUCGUUCGGCCCCAACGUGAAGAUCCUCAACAGCAACAGCCAAAUUGUGGAGCUGCAGACCAUCAUUCGUGACAAAAAUACGUCACGCAGCGACUUCAAAUUCUACGCCGACCGCCUCAUUAGACUCGUGAUCGAGGAGAGCUUGAACCAGCUGCCGUAUUCCGACUGUUCGGUGGAAACCCCGACCGGGGCGAUCUACGAUGGUCUGAAGUAUCGUUCAGGAAACUGCGGCGUAUCAAUCGUCCGGUCCGGGGAGGCGAUGGAGCAAGGACUGCGAGAUUGCUGCCGGUCAAUCAGGAUUGGGAAAAUCCUUGUGGAGUCCGAUGCGGACACACACGUUGCCAAAGUUGUGUACGCUCGGUUUCCAGACGACAUUGCCCGGCGUCAGGUACUGCUCAUGUACCCGAUAAUGUCCACCGGCAACACAGUAUUGCAGGCCGUGAACGUGCUCAAGGAACACGGCGUGCCCGAGGACUGUAUCAUUCUCUCGAACUUGUUCUGCACCCCGAUCGCCGCGAAGACAGUGGUUGGGGCGUUCCCGCAGAUGAAAAUUCUCACCUCGGAGCUGCAUCCGGUCGCGCCAAACCACUUCGGCCAGAAGUACUUUGGAACUGACUAGAUAGAAACUCGUUUGUGUUCAUUUUUUAGUUUGUAGAGUUUUUGUUCGUCUCUAAUUUGUGUACAUCGCCCGUCAGGCGUCCAUAAUUUGUGUUCCUCGCCUGGGGAACGUCCCUAGAGCUAAAGUAAAGUAAAUACAUAAUUGUGAUAAGAUAUUAUUUAUGGAAGAUAAAGAAACAUGUUGCCUACAAUAACA